GCCUCCAUUGGACUGAUUUUCUGGCUUGUGCCGCGUGACACCCAAAGACUCUUGUUUCUUCUUUCAGUUCAAUUUUCUCCCACCCCUCCAGUCCCCUCGCCUCGGGGAAGAAGAUCCAGUUAUCAAUAAUAUCAAACUUAUAAACCUAAUCGAGUGUAUAUAUCGUAAUUUUUGUGACCUCAAAUUCCACUGUAAUUAUACACAACAAUAUUUUGAUGGCAAUCCUAUAUGGGGUAGUGGCGCGUGGGACGACGGUGCUGGCGGAGUUCAGCGCCGUGACGGGGAACGCACCUGCCGUGGCGCGGCGGAUACUGGAGAAGCUGUCGGAGACGGAGCAGGAGGAGUCGAGACUAUGCUUCUCCCAGGAUCGGUACAUCUUCCACAUCCUUAGAUCGGAUGGACUCACCUUCCUCUGUAUGGCCAACGAUACAUUCGGAAGGAGAAUCCCGUUCUCAUAUUUGGAGGAUAUUCAGAUGCGAUUCAUGAAAAACUAUGGAAAAGUGGCUCCUUAUGCUCCUGCUUACGCUAUGAAUGAUGAAUUCUCAAGGGUCUUGCAUCAGCAAAUGGAGUUUUUCUCAAGUAAUCCUAGUGCAGAUACACUCAACCGUGUCAGAGGAGAAGUUAGCGAGGUACGCACAAUUAUGGUGGAUAACAUUGACAAGAUAUUAGAAAGAGGUGACCGGAUUGAGCUUCUUGUUGACAAAACAGCAACCAUGCAAGAUGGUGCAUUUCACUUCAAGAAACAGUCGAAGCGCCUUCGUCGAGCUCUGUGGAUGAAAAAUGCCAAGCUCUUAGCCCUGUUGACUUGCUUGAUUGUCGUGCUACUGUACAUUAUAAUCGCAGCUGCUUGUGGGGGCAUCACUCUACCGUCCUGUAGAUCAAAAUAAUCUGUCGAGGUACGAGGAACGGUUCUACUUUAUGUAUCUUAAGUUAUGCAGAUGAAUCUGCAGUUGCUUCAUGGUUGGUCAUUUGAAUAGUUUGUUCAUUUUGAACUAUUCGUAUUUUGCCAGUGCAAGUGAUGUAAUGGAAAAGCAUGAUAACAUCGACUGUAUUAUAGUUGCCAGUUUCUUCUUUAUUUUGUACAUAAAUACUGGGAAAUAUGCUUCAAUCUCUCUUACUUGGAAUUCAGUAUAAUUUUGAUACUA